AUGUCCAUUCUUUCAUAUGUCGUCUCCGGACUGACGUCCUACGUCGCUCUCACCGUCGGCCUCUUCGGCCUCUCCAUCAAGGCCCCACGGGCCGGCUUCUUCGCUCGCUGCCUCGCCGCGUACGCCUCCUUACUCGUCUGCGCAACAUACGGAGUCUUCGCAUCGAUAGUCCUCAGGGUAGCCGGCUAUGGCCAGGUUUCGCAGUGGGCCGUGGCCCGCAGUUUCAAAUGGGUGAUGUGGUUGACCACAGGGACGUACUUUGACAUUGUGGAAGGAAAGCAGCAUCUGUCCACGCGGCCUGCUGUGUUUAUCGGGAACCACCAGACGGAGUUGGAUGUGUUGAUGCUCGGCGCCGUGUUUCCUCCUUACUGCAGCGUGACGGCGAAGAAGUCCCUGAGGAACGUGCCCUUCUUAGGAUGGUUCAUGGCGCUCUCCGGAACGGUGUUUAUCGAUCGUGCGAAUCGGCAGACGGCGCUGAAGGCGUUUGACGGUGCGGCGGAGCAGAUGCGGAAGCAGAGGCAGAGCGUGUUCAUCUUUCCGGAGGGAACGAGGAGUUAUUCGUCGGAACCGUGCUUGUUGCCGUUUAAAAAGGGAGCUUUCCAUCUGGCGGUGCAGGCAGGCGUCGAUAUCGUGCCGAUUGUAGUGGAGAAUUACUCGCAUGUGUUGAAUAUCAAGAAGCUGAGGUUUGAUGCUGGUGACAUCAAGAUCAAAGUGCUCCCGCCCAUUAGCACUAAAAGCCUGACUACCGCUGAUGUCGACGACCUCGCAGUGAAAACUAGAGAAUCUAUGCUCGAGACUCUUAUGGAAAUGCACAAGUCAAGGGAGGCACUAGCGAACGGAACAGCAUUCAAACCCGCCCAGCCGCACGCCGGCCAGUCCAGCGCCGUCGAAAUAUAA